UAUGUUUUAGUCAAAAAAAAUUUGGUUUAUUAAGUUUUGAAUUCUGAUUCAAAUUGGUUUUCACUUUUCAGUAUAAACCUAUUAUUAAUUGGUUUGGUUUGGUUUGAGUGAUUUCAUUUUUGGUUGGAAUUGGUUUCUAUGUCCAGUCCCUGAUAAUGACGCACAAUAUAACUUUGAAUUUACCUCAAGAUGGAAUUAUUUUUCUUAGAAAAAGAGAAAUCCAUCAAAAUUGUGCAUCUCCAAAGCAAUGAGCAAUGCUGAAUCUCCAAGCGAAGUAAAGAAAAAAGGUUCCUCUAUUAACAAACUUUCCCACACCAACAUCCUCACUCAAUAAUCUCAACUUGUUUUUUCUUCCCUUUGGUAAAAAAAUGCAUUUGAAGAAGAAGAUGAAGAAUGCACUCAAAACCAUAUUUAGUCCAAUUUUUAUGGCGUGUGGUUGUUGCGGUUGCGGCUCUACCGUUCUGCCUUCCUCUCACAACCACUACUACACCCCGGGACCACCGGUUUCUCCCACGGUUUUACGCAGCCCAUGUCCUAAGAUCGAUGAAAGCGUCGCGAUGGCUAAGGAAUCAAUCAAUCCGUUCGAAGAUUACAAGAAGUCGAUGAACCAGAUGAUCGAAGAGAGAUAUAUCGAGACUGAAGAUGAUCUUAAGGAGCUUUUAAGGUGUUUCUUGGACAUAAACCCUUCUCCUCAACACAAUCUUAUCGUCCGUGCUUUUGUGGACGUCUGUUCACAGCUACGGCCAGCACACGACCGUCGUGGGAAGUCACUUGGGAGAUUGCUUCGUCUAUAUGUUAACAAUCCUCUUGAUAGUAAUGAUAAUGACACACACCAAACCUCUUCGUUUAAGAUGAGGAACUGAUCCUCAUGUAUCUCUCUCUAUAUAUAUAGAUGAUACAAUAUCGUAAAUAAUUUGAUUUUAUGAUUCGCAUGCAAGAGCAAGACUAUAUGUAAACCAUUAAACAACAACCACAAAAAUCAAGAUUUGCAUGAUGUUUUCCAAUUUCA